AUGGCCCAAAUUGCCCAGGCACGGCCAGCCGCAUCGGCUGCAUCCAGCCAGCGGCCCGCGCAGCCUGCGCAACCUGCAUCUGGGCAAAAGGCAGCUGAGGCUCGUUUGGCGAAUCUCCAUGAAGAACGAAAGCGGAAGAAAUUUUGGGACGACUUCCGGCGCCGGGAGGAGAGGUUUCAAAGAUGUCAGAGUUCUGGAAAGGACUACAAGGCAACGGCCCGCGACUUCUUCACCAGAUCCUUCAGCAAGGGCUUCAGACGCUCGAACUACGACACGUCUAGUGUCCGCCGGCGCAGAUGGCUGGGAAUGGUCAAGGAUUUGCCUUUGCCAAAGGCACUGGUGACUCUGCCCUCGAAGAAGGGCCUCUUCCACGCGAUCCAAGUGCUAACCGAUCAGCACUUGUUGUCAGCGCUCGUGGUGGAUGAUGACGGAAAACUCCUGGGUAUUUUAGAUACCUUGGACGUUGCGUCUCUUGUAGUCGACAUGGAGGCUGCAGGCAAGAAAUCGUUGACCGAUGAGCGCUUGGACAAGCUCAUGGGUCGCAGCACUCGAGCAAAGGUUGCCAGCUGUAGCGAGGAGGAUUCUCUGGAUCAGGUGGUGGAGUCCUUAAUUGGCCCUGGACGACGGGCCGUCGUGCUAAAGGAUGGAAAGCCACUGAGUAUCAUUACCCAAUCCACUGCCAUCAUGUUCCUCCACAGCAAAGCCAAAGAGUUUGAGGCUUUGAUGUCUUCGUAUAUGGCCAAGGACGUGUGUACAGAUGGGGUGAUCACCAUAGACGACCAGGCCACAGCCCUCACGGCCUUUCAAACCUUGGUGGCUCAAGGCGUGUCAAGCCUGACCAUCACCGAUGAAAGUGGCAAUGCCAUCACAGUGGUGUCAGCCACUGAUCUGGUGGUGGCUCUAGGGCACGAGCAAGACAAGUCUGCAAUUCUUUCAGAACUUCGGGAUCGCAACGUGGUUUUCUUUGUCGGUGACAGCCGGAAGCCCGAUAAGCGCUUCAGCCAUACAAGGGCGCCCAUCAUUUCGUGCGGCUCUGACUUACCGUUGAGUCAGGUCAUCGAAAAGUUUGCCACGACGCGGGUUCAUAGCACCUUGGGGAAAGGAUGGGUCUCCGGCGCUGGUCAAGGAAUGCUGGUGAUACCACAGGGAACUCGGAAACCAGAGGGUGUGGUCUCCUUGAUCGAUAUUUGUCAUGCUGUGCUGGGCAGCACAGACGGCUUCAAGCGUGGUUUAAGCCAUAGUCAUGGUCAGCCCGUGCCCGAACAGACUCUGAGAAGAGCCUUCCGUGAGAUUGACAUGGACCAGGACGGCUUGAUCAGCGUCCGCGAGUUGACCCGCGCCUUGCGACGCUGCGGAAUUCUGCAAGAUUGCGGCUACGACGCGGCAGGUCAGCUUUCAGCGGAUCAGUUCGUCCGCUUCUUCAGGGCCACGGAACAUCUCGUGUGGUCGGUGGAUGAUGAGUAUAACCCUGUGGAUUCGUGUUGCACUUAUUGCGGGAGGUUCUUGCUCUUCCUUCUGUUGAUCGCCAUUCUCGUGAUGGCUAUCAUCCUGCUCCGCAUCGAGAGUGGCACCGAAAUCUUCGUGGGUCUUCUCAUCGGUUUUUUGGCCACCAUUGGUGUCUUCGUUGCCGUGAUGUCUGGGCGCCUGGUGGAAGCAUGGGCGACAUUUUUGGUGCCAUUGGCAAUGCACCUGGCUUUACGAGCUCCAGACGUUGACCUUUCUUUCCGCCGUUCCAGGGACGGCGUGAUACGUUUCAAUGAUUGUGCAGGCCGCGAGUCCUUGCAGUGUUUCGAUGAGGAUGGCUUCUGCAUCUUCGAGUCAUUUUUGAGGCCGCAGCACUUGGAGGAGCUGCGAAGCUCCUUCGAUACGCGGCUACGUGAACUCCUGGCUGAUAAUGUGGAGGUGGAUUUGGGUGUCAACUGGGCCUGCCCUUCUGCCGAACCCUUCCUGCGCGUGCUUCAAGAUGAAAGGCUUCUGGACUUCUUGGUGGAGCUCUGCGGCUUGCCAUUGGUGGCCAUGCGCUUGGAGCUCUUCGAAAAGAGGCCGGGAUCGACGAAUCUCAUCCCUUGGCAUCAGGACACUUACACAACCCACGUGGGCUUUAGCUGGAGCCCCGCAGAGGCGGAGGCGGCGGCCAAGCCGCACCCGGUGACCUUGUGGGUGGCACUGGACACUGCAUCCUCUGAAUCUGGAGGUAUGGAGAUGGUCCCCGGACGGCACCGCGAACUGCUGGGCGCCGCUGUCCCGAAGGGAGCCAUCGUGGAUGCCGCAGCACAUGGCCACAGCGUUGAGUACAAGCUCUUACCGGGACAGGCGGGUGUUCAUCAUCCAUUGACACCUCACCGGUCUUUGGAGAAUCGAUCUGCCCACAGCAGGCGCGCCUUUCUGGUGCGUUUGGUGCCAUGGUCCGAGACCAUCCGGCAGCGUGUCACCGAAGAGGUACAGGAGCCUGUGUGGACCUCCCAGCCUUCGGGGAAAUAUAUCUGGAGGCCUGGAAAUCCUGCAGCCACUGCGCCUGAGAGAGCCUUAAAUCGACUCCUGGUAUGCUAUCCGCAGGAGUCAAAAAAAAACGAUGGCGUAAGGUGGGGAAAGCGACGGAAAACCUGGGGAAACCGCCAUGGAAAAUCUGGGUUGAAUGGGAUUGAUCCAUUUGAUUCAUGGGAUAUUCAUGGUGUGAAAUGGAGAAUGAAUCAGUUGAUAUGUGGAUUUAAAAGGGGAACAUGA